AUGAGAGACAGGAUUCAUUCCCAUGGCACUUUGGUGCAGGUCGACGAGUUCGAACAUUUCACUAUCACAUCGAACAUCGAACACCUCGAAUUCCAUGUCUCCAGGCCCCAGGAGACCGGGGCACCUUCACACGUGGUGUGGAACAAGAUCGGCGCCCCAAGCCUCUACCAUCGUGCCGGUCUGCCAGACUUGCGCGCCAUCAUCGACAAGAUCGCGCUUUGUCUGACAACGCAUCAAGUGCGACAUCUAGUCGAGGGCACCCUGAACCUCCGGAGAAAGCGGUUUGAAGCAUUUUUCGGCAAACAAGCGUUCAUCUCCUUUGGGCGAAUUCCGUUGACGCCAGAAGUUGAUGACUGGGUGGAUUGGCAAAACAAAAACAGAGAGCCUGCAGACUUUCGCAGUUCCCUCGUCGAAUCAUCAGACAACCGUGUCGCGGCUGCCCUUCCUUUGUGCACAACGGUGAUAUCGCUAGGUGCAACUGUGCUUUCGCAACCUAUCAUCGCCCCCUUCCUUUUGCCACCGUUGUCUCAGACCAGCGAUACCCUUCGAUUGCUAGGGCACUCCAAUCACGACGCGACUUGGACGACUGACGGUGAAGCCCGUCGCGACUCCAUGAUGGAAUACCCCCCGCAGUAUCAACAGCCUCAUGGGCAACACGCCCAUGCCUCAUCUCACAUCACCGCCCCUUACCAGACCGCCCCUCCGAAUGCAGGGCCGACGGUGGGGUCGAUGGCCUCCCCCACCAACCCUCAAGCACAUAUGCAACAAGCCCAUCCCUCACACCAAGCCUCUCCCAUUGUACCAUCACAGUCCCAUUACCAGCAGGCUCAGAGUGGCCCGGGCUCCGUCCACCAGCAGAUGAACUUCCCCCAGUCGUAUGGGGUUACCACCGCGAUGCCACAACCCUAUGGCAUCUCGCCCACCCAGGCAGCCGCCAUGGCCACCGCUGCGGCGUCCGGGCAAUUCUAUCCGCUUCAUCAGGACUCCAUGGCGGGUCAGAUGCCUCAAGGGCCCCGGGGCUCGCCGCGCAUGGCGGGAGUACCAGUGAAGAAUGAUCGCAACCCUCGUUCGCCGCCACAGAUCCCGGGACAGAUGCCGUCCAUCGGGACUCAGGUCCAGAUGACCCAGAACGCUCAGAUGCAGCAGCGUCGCAUGAGUCAUGUCAGCAGUCCACACGUUCAGAGCGCCCAGCCCGUUCUCAACCACGUCGGACGGCCUUCGGUGGCUCCGCCCAUGGCCCCUCCCCCCCAGCCCCCGGUUCAACAGAGUCAGCCCUCGCCUGAUAUGGUCGCUGGCGGUGCGGAGGAGUCGCCGCUGUAUGUGAAUGCGAAGCAGUUCCAUCGCAUCCUGAAGCGACGGGUGGCCCGGCAGAAGCUGGAGGAGCAGUUGCGACUCACGUCCAAGGGUCGUAAGCCAUACCUGCACGAGUCGCGUCACAACCAUGCGAUGCGCCGUCCUCGGGGACCUGGAGGUCGCUUUUUGACGGCCGAUGAAGUGGCCGCGAUGGACAAGAAGGCGGGAGGCUCCUUGGCCCACGAUGUCGUCGAUAGCGGCGUGGUGAAGUCGACUGGAGACAGCACGCCGUCCGCCCAGAAGCGGAAGUCGAGCGACGUGAACGACGACGGUUUCAACUCGGCCAAAAAGGCGAAGACCGGCGGACCCAAAACAAGCACCAGCGCGGACGAAAGUGAGAAUGACUCUGCCGAGCUGAGCGACGAGGACGGUUGA